AUGCAUUUCCUCGCUAUUAAUCUAUCCUUCGUGCGUUCCGAGUCAUCUCCUUCGUUCGUCAUCGCGAAUCGAUUUUAUCUUUCUUUCUUUCUUUCUUUCUUUCUUUCUUUCUUUCUUUCUUGCUUUCUCUGCUUCAUUCCACCUCUCUUCCUCAUAUAUUACUUGGUCCUCCUCUGCCUUCCACUCUGCCGUCUUUUUUUUUCUUUUCCUUUGCUGUCAUUGUCAUUGUUCAUCAGUCUUUCUCCCUUUCUUUUCUUUCCUGUUAAUUCAGCGUCUCCUUAUCCUUUUUACUAUGCUUUAUUUUUAUCUUCUUUUCAAAACAUCGAAACACUUCCCUCUUCUUCUUCUUCUUCUUCUUCUUCUUCUUCUUCUUCCCUGCUAUGCGCUUUUCAUUCAUUCUUCGUCACAUUUUUUUCUCCUAAAUGUCAGCCUCACCCCAUUUUUCCAAAGAUUCCACCAUCUGCACCAUAUCUACUCCAGCCAUCUACUCAAUUCAUUCGUUUGUCAUGCUGCCUUCUUUUUCUUCAUUUUCCAUUUUCUUUUCCUACAUAUGUAUCUCUCUCACUUUAUUCCUAUCUCCCUCUGACUCAUCCUCCUCCUUCCUUUAACCCCCUCCUCCAAAACCAUUUGCAGCGAGACCCGAUGAAUGAUUGCGUUAAAUAUUCCUUUGCCCCCUAUUACUCUGCAACCCAAUAA